AUGGUCGUCAUGUUCCCCUUCGUCUACUUCACCGACAAGUACAGACGCAACGCGCUGAGCUUCGUGAACGACGUGUGGGCCACCGUCUCCACGUCGCUCUUCUGCCCCGUCGAGGUCGUGGGGCGCGAACACCUGCCGAGCGUCGAGACGCCAGCCGUGUACGUCGCCAACCACGCGUCCUACCUGGACAUCUACUCGCUGUUCCACCUGCGAAGGCCGUUCAAGUUCAUCAGCAAGGUUUCCAACUUUAUCAUCCCGAUCAUCGGGUGGUCGAUGUACAUGACGGGCCACAUCGCGUUGAAGCGCACCGACCGCAAGAGCCAGAUGAAGACGCUGAAGGACUGCAGGGAGCUGCUGCAGAACGACUGCUCCGUGCUGUUCUUCCCGGAGGGCACCAGGUCCGCGGACGGAACGAUGGCGGACUUCAAGAAGGGCGCGUUCAGCGUGGCGGCGAAGGAGAACGCUCUGGUGGUGCCCGUGACCUUGGUCAACUGCUCGAAGGUGAUGAAGAACGGACGGGAGUGGGCGAUGCGGUCGGUGCCGGGCGGCAUCAAGGUUGUGGUGCACCCGCCUAUUAGGAGCACGGAUGCGAACGAGCUGUGCGAGAAGAGCUUCAACACCAUCAAGGAGACCCUGGUGCAGUACUCGUAG